AUGCCUUCGAUUUCUGAGAAAGAAGCGUCGAUCACGACGUCUAUUGCUCUAUCAUCCGCAACGAUCAGUUCUCCGUUCGGGCUUCCUUUGGACCCGUACGAGCUCAAGGGUCGUAUUUUGACGUCUCCUUUCAACGUUCUUCUGUCUGCUAUCUAUCUGUUGAACAACAAGAUCUUCAACUACGAGCUGCUGGGCCACCAGGAGGUCUCUGACAGACGGUCUUUGCUUGGUCUGUGGACCAGACUCAACCGGAAAAACCUUUACAACAAGGUUCCUGAACUAUACAGUCUGGACGUUAGAUCUGGCUGCGGUAACCUUGUUUUGGGGUACCUGAACCAAAGCACCGACGGAGAGCCUGUUUCUGUGAUUGUUCCAAGCUCCGGUUUGGCUUAUAUGGAGCCUGUUUUGCUCCAGAAUAGCCAGAACCACCAUAACCUGGCUCUUUCCUUGAACGUUGCCAGCCUGGAUUACGACUUUGAGUCGGGCAAGCUCGUUUCGCACUACUCCAAGGCUCUGACCAUUGCCAAGAACCUGAAACUGCCUGUGUUGCACUCGCUGAACGCCGUGGAGGCCCAGCACUUUGCGAUCUUGGCCAACGUGCUCGCCAAACUCAACGUCACCACGGUGCAUCUGUUUGACGGGCUGGAGUUCAUCAAGAGCAACCAGACCGUCACGGGCUCGUUGUCGAACGAAAAGAUCAAGCCUGUUGCCGAGGAGCUGUAUGAGAAGCUUAACGGCAAGAUCCAGCUUGCUCCUGCUGCUUCCAGACUGUCUCUGGCUCUGAGUGUGCUGAACGAGGUUCUUGCUACCAAUUACGCUCCGUUCGAGUACUUUGGCUCCAAGAACGCAGACGUGGUCUACGUUGCGUACAGCAGUGCCGAGACCGCCGUUCUGAAGAAGCUCAACCUGGCCCACGUGCUUGUGAGAGUGGCUCUUCCGUUCGAGGUUGCCAGAUUCGUCGAGGUUGUUCCUGCCUCUGCCAAGAAGAUUGUUGUUGUUGGCGAGAACUACGGCGGUAUCAAUGGCCUCAAGCUCGACGUCCAAGCGGCCUUGUACGUGAACCAGCGGUUCCUGAAGGUUGCCGACGAGUCGGUUGCCGAGCUCGAGUACCUGGCUUCCAAAGUGCCAGAGUCCGGCUCCCGGUUCCAGUUCUUGGCCGCCGACAACUCUAUUUAUGUGGACGUGCCUAGCAAGAUCGCACACUCGCUGUCACUGAUCCCAGACUUGGACAUCCGGUACCGGCCCAAGUUCGACAACAGCUUGGACUCGGGUGUGUUCUCUGCCGAUAUCCAGGCUGGUUCCGGCAGCGGAGACGCUCUGGACGUGGUUGUUGUUGAGAACGUCAACAUUCUGAACGAGCUCGAUGUUUUGAAGAACCUGAAAGAGUCUGGAACGUUGUUGGUGAUCAACAGCGCCGACGAGAAGUUCGAGGAGACCAAGUUUGUGGAAAAGACUCUGUCUGCCAAGUUCAAGACCAACCUUGUGGCACAGCACAGAACGCUCAAGGUGGUUGAUCUGAACGGUGUGGGCGAAGAAGAGGCCACCAAGGGCCGCACUGCGUCGAUCGCGAUCCAGGUCGCGUUCUGGAAACACGCUUUCCCAGAGCUCGACACGGGAGCAAUUGUGACCAAGAUUCUGCAAGCAUUUGGCAGCGAGGCCGAGCUGUUGGCGUCUGUCAUUGCUGAUGUUGUCGAGAAGAUCGACAAACACGUUCUGGAGGUGACCAUCAAGGAGGUGGAGCAGCCAGAGGAGGAAGAGACCGAUUUUGUCGACUUUGUCGAGACUUCGUUCGAGCCAAACCCAAGAGAAAAGUUUGUGGACACCACCGCAGUCAAGGUGGACUCCAAGACAGAGCUUGCCCGUAAGCUGAUGUUCAAGGAGGCGUACGGCGUUUCGUCGUCGCUGCGUCCGGACUUGCCAAUCGAGAACUUUGUCGUCAAGGUCAAGGAGAACAAGAGACUCACCCCAACGGACUACGACCGUAACAUCUUCCACAUCGAGUUCGACGUGUCGGGAACCGGUCUCACUUACAACAUCGGAGAGGCCCUUGGUGUUCACGGAAGAAACACGCCGGAGGUUGUUGACCAGUUUAUCGAGUCUUACGGCUUGGACGCAGACUCGCUUGUCCAGGUGGUCUCGAAGGAACACGAGUCCAUUUUCGAGGUCAGAACCGUCAGACAGGCGCUUAUUGAGAACCUGGACCUGCUUGGAAAGCCGCCAAAACGGUUCUUCGAGUCUCUGGCCGAGUAUGCUACCGACUCUGAGGAAAAAACGACGCUCACAAAACUGGGCAGUGCUGACGGAGCAGAGCUGCUCAAGGUGUACCAGGACGAGGAGUUCUACAACUACGUGGACAUCUUUGAGCUGUUCCCGAGCGCCAGACCGUCUGCAGAGGAGCUUGUGCAGUUGAUUCCUCCUUUGAAGAGAAGAGAGUACUCGAUUGCGUCGUCUCAGAAGAUGCAUCCUAACGAGGUCCAUUUGCUGGUUGUUGUGGUCGACUGGACCGACAAGAAGGGCAGAACCAGAUACGGACAGUGUUCCAAGUAUCUGAGCGACCUCAAGAUCGGUCAGGAGCUUGUUGUUUCUGUCAAGCCGUCGAUCAUGAAGCUGCCACCACUCACCACCCAGCCAAUCAUCAUGGCCGGUCUGGGUACUGGAUUGGCUCCUUUCAAGGCGUUUGUCGAGGAGAGAUUCUACCAGAAGAGCCAGGGCCACGACAUCGGCGAGAUCUACUUGUAUCUGGGAUCCAGACAUAAGAGACAGGAGUACUUGUACGGUGAGUACUGGGAAGCUUAUUUGAACUCUGGAAUUGUCACAUAUGUGGGAGCAGCCUUCUCCAGAGACCAGAAACAGAAGGUUUACAUCCAGAAUAAGAUCAGAGAGAACCUGACCGAGUUGACCGACCUGAUGAUGGCCAAGAACGGCCACUUCUACCUGUGUGGACCAACUUGGCCUGUUCCAGACAUUACUGCUUGUUUGGAGGACAUUCUGAUUGCCGACGCUGAGAAGAGAGGCGUCAAGAUCGACACUGCCAAGGAGGUCGAGGAGCUGAAGGAGGACGGCAGAUACGUUUUGGAAGUUUACUAG